UCUGACUCAAAUAGGGGGAUGCCGACGGGGCCGGGGAUGGGGCCGGCAUGGCAGCGUGGGCGGCCCUGCUGCUGGGGGUGCUGCUGGCGACCCACCGCCCCGGGGGCGCAGCCCUCCUGGAAGCCAACGGCAACCUGAGCUGCCGCUGCGCCAAGACCACGGCCACCUUCAUCCACCCGUCCAAGUACGAGAGCGUCGAGGUCCGGCCGGUGGGGAGCAGCUGCCGGCGCCUCGAGGUGGUGAUUAAACUAAAAUCCCUUGAGAGGGUCUGCGUGGAUCCCAACGCCCUCUGGGUGAAGAAACUCCUGCAGGACCUCCCGAAGCUGAGGAAGAAAGCUGCUCCUCCCUGAGGAAGCUGCCGCCGCCGGGACACACAGAUGGGCCGUGCCCAAAACUGGGCAGCCCCCUCCCCGCCGUCGCUUCGCCCCCAGCCCGGAGGGGAGCGUGCUGCUGUGUGAUGCCCCGCAGCCAUUUCCCCCCUGAGUGUUCCCCCACUUUAUACACCUAAACCCCUGCAAAUGCCUGUGCACGCUUCCCUUGCCCCCACUCCACAGUGACGUUCCCCACAGCCCCUUGGCCCCAGCAAGAAGCCAAAUGUCUCCUUUGGGCACAAGCAUCCAAUAAAGGUGGCCACCCU